GGAAACUUUACAGGAAAUUUAUAAUAACGGAUGAUGUAUUCCAGCGUUAUUUCCUUAAUUUGUUUAUAAUCAGUCUGUCAGUUAGUUCGGCAGAGUCAGCGAGCCAUGUGGUUGCUACAAUGUUGCUUGCUGGUGCAAGCGGUGGCCAUACGAGCGGCGUAUUUCCACGAGCCUUCCAUGACGACUAUCCAGCCCUCUGGACCCUUAGCCGAUGACGCUUUCUUCGGAUACAGCAUCGCGUUUACCAAUACUGGUCUAGUGGCAAGCGCUCCCCGGGCUGAUAAGGAUGGUCAAGUGUUUUCGUGCAAUCUGAAGACCCAAAAUUGUAGCCUGAUGGCAGUGCCGCUCUCAGACUAUAGCAGCAGAGCUCAUAACGGCCUCACUUACAAUCACGAUUUUUGGCUUGGAGCUAGUGUGAGGGCGAGCGACAAACAUCUGUUUGUUUGUGCUCCUCGGUCUACUAGCGAAAUACAAGUACCUGACAAAGUGUUCGGUGCGAACGGGCAGUGUUUUUACAAAGAGUACGAAGACCCUAGCAGCCACUUCACCCACAUGAUCCAGAUCACAACGGAGGACCGGUCCAUCAACCGCACGCAUAGAGAAAACGUGACUGAUUCCUUCGGAUGGAGUAUGGACAUAGAUACGGACGGGGCGUUGCGGGUCGGCAGCCCAGCUAUCGCUGCAGGUCGAGUUAUGACUUACUUCGAACCUUCGGACUCGGCGACAUCUGGUCCUAAAAUUUUUACCGCUGCUAAUCCAGACGGAUUCAGUUUUGGAUACAGUAUUGCAAGCGGUAUUUUUUAUAAAACGCGCUCCAGGAUACCAAAACCAGAUGUAGCAAUCGGCACUCCAUAUGGUGAUUACGGCAUCGGAAAAGUGUUCAUGUAUAACAACGGCCAAAAGCUACAGUCUGUCAUAGACGACCCGACGGGCGGCGUCGGAUCCAUGUUCGGUGCCGCGCUGUGCUCGGCCAAACUAGAUGGCGACACUGUCUCGCUACUAGUAGGUGCGCCCGCGCAUUUCAGUGGCGACGAGAAAUACCAUACCGGUAUCGUCUAUGUUUAUAGGCAACAUUCAAUAAAAACUAUGAAGAAUGUGAAGCAAAUUAAAGGUUCUGAUCAGAAUGGAGCAUUUUUUGGCUACGCCAUUGCUAACAUCGGGGACAUGGACAACGAUGGAAAAGAUGAAAUAGCCAUAGGGGCUCCAUACGAAGACGAUGGCAAGGGUGCCGUGUACCUGUAUGCGGGUUCGAGCCUGACCGACAAAUCUAUGACCACCUCCUGGCUACAGCGGUUCCAACCCGAACCUGCCAGUUUUCAGAACGUUGGGCUGAGCCUGGUCGCCAAUAAGUACUCUGAAAAUGCAUGCAGCGAUCUGGCAAUAGGAGCCCCUAGUAACAACAGAGUGGCGGUGUACCACUGUUUGACAGUUAUCACUGUCGAUAUUGAUACUACUUUCCCUAACCUGCAGAAUCGUCCCGAUAAAACUUCAUUUGCAUUUGACGUGUGCCUAAAUGCAAAGUAUCCCUCCAAACCGGAAAAUAUUAAAGCUAAAUUCGCGGUGACAGUCAAGAUAAGCCAUCCGAAUGCUACUUUGUCUGCCGCAAAACCAGACGAAGACUUUAUACAAUACGAAGAGUUCCUCGACAAUAAAAAGAACCGUAACGGUUGCAGGAGCAUUAAAGUAACGACAUCUGAGAACGGCGACUAUGACCAAUUCAUCGAGUUCCGCAUAACAGCUAAGCUCCUGGACGAUCCGGCAAAUAGUAAAACUUUCGAUCCGUCGAAAGCCACUGUGAGCUCAAUCAGUAAACUAGAACACACUAAGUCAGUGAGAGCGGCGGAGUGUAAGAGGGAACCGUGCCAGCCGAAACUGUCUGUCAAACUUACCACCAAGGAAAAGAGUCCCUACCUAAUCGGGUCUUCAUCGACCAUAGGCGUCGACGUGGCCGUACAGAACGGAGAUGCGGACACCGCAUACCGGCCAUGCGUGGUUCUCAGCGUGGAUGGCGGAGCAGCAAUCAUUCACAGAGCCCCACCGCACUGCACAGUAGAUAGUGAUACACGGAGGGUUUGCCAGCGGCAGAGGGCGCUGAAGCCUAAUAGCAUCUGGGAUUUGAACAAAGAGGCAGCAUCAGACCAGUACAUCGAGAUAGGUCUAGAAGCACUCACUAGCGACACUAAGAAGAUAAAGGUCAUAGCCGAAGUCUUAAACCGCUGCGAGAGACUCAACGGAAAACCAGACGACGUCAGUUCCAUUGAGUUUGUCCUCAUAACUAAUGUCGAUGGAUUGAAAAUUGAAAGCAAAACAGAUCAAGGCGAAUCAGUAUUCUUCCGUAAAGAUGACUUUAAAAGUGGAAAGCCAUUACAUCACACAUAUACCAUAUCGAAUAUAGGCGAAAUCAACUGGGUCGGGCUUGUAGGUGACUUCUGGCUGGACAAAAAGCCUUACAUUACUUACAAUAAUGUCAUACAGAUAUACAACGGCGAAACUGAACGGAAAGCGUGUGCGUUGAAAAACGACCCUAAAGACAAAACCAACUUCCACGGCUUGAGUUGCGAACUGGGCAGCCUGAGCCGCAAGGAAACCAUCACCGUGGUCAUACCAAUUACUACGGUGCCUAUUGAACUAGAUAAAGUUUUACAGAAAUCAAACGCCACAGUGAAAACAUUCCUCAGAGUAAUCGCCGACAAAACAACAAAACAAGAGAAAGAAAAAACAGAAAUCACAACUUUGGUGUUUCAAGAAGGGAAAGUACCUGUCUGGAUUAUAGUGGUAGCAGUUUGUGUGGGCAUUCUCAUUGUUGGCCUCAUUGGAUUUGCUCUUUACGAGUGCGGUAUAUUCCGUCGAAAGAAGAAGGAAGAACUGGUGAACCUCAAGCAAGAAGUUAAACGGAGAAGCAUGAUGUUGCAACGGCAAUCCAUGAGGCUCAACGACGCAGGCCGCGCCGAGCUCCGGAACCGCACAUACCGGGAGCUUCUCGACGAAGCCGAGAUUAAGGAGGAGGAGGAAGCGAGGAGAUCACAACAGGCCUCAGAUCAAGGAAACAUUAACCAAGCCAAAGGGGAUAAUGGUUGUACGAGUACAGUGAUGAAUGAGAACGCGGGGUCGCAGUAUGAUAUAAGGGCGCAAAUUGAGAAAACUUUGAGAAAAUAAAAAUCUAAAAGACAUCAA